AUGACGGAGAAGGAGUUUGAUCUCGUAAUUCAUGGGAGUAACGAGCAUGUCGAAGCAUUGCGGGAAGCGCAUACACACCAGGAGCUAACGAAGGAAGAGCUGCGUCGCCAGCACGGUGACACCUUGGAUGAGUUCGAAAGAGUCAUCAGAGAGCUGGACGCACUGAAUUCAGAGCUGCAUACUAUUAGUGAGCACGCUGUGCAGUUGGACGCCAAUUUCUCCAAAUAUGGGUAUUCUGCCCAUCUCAGGACACGCGACAGCCCUAGCCAGUCCUCGGCCAACUCCCUUUUCGAUGGCUCAACAGAUAACGAGAGUCAGGACUGGGAUGCCACGCGCUCUCAAGGCCAGACUCUUCGAUUCUGGCGAAAGCCUAUCAUUCGCCAAUAUUUUCACAAGGGCCUCCUGUGGCGUGCACAAGAGAUGCAAGAAGUCGCCAGUUAUGAGUUGUUCGUGGAUCUCUUGUACGUCGGUAUCCUGGAUAUAGCUGGUGAGGCAGCCGCCGAGUAUGCGACCGGGCAAACACUCCACCAAUUCGCCAUCGUCUUCAUUCUCGGCUGGCGAAUCUGGACAGACAUUGGACAGCUGAUCUCGUGGUUUGAUGCUGAUGACAUGUUUCGUCGUUUCACGGUUCUUUUCAUUCUGACCUGCCUGCUCGGCUUUACGACGAAUAUGAAUGCAAGUCUGGAACACACUUACACACCCCUGGUCGCAUUCUACCUCGCAGAACGUCUCUUCGUUGCCUCGUAUUACGCUUGGAAUGCAUAUCUGAUUCCGAUGGUCCGUGUCGCUAUGUACGGUUUCGCGGUCGUCACAGCUCUUCCAGCAGCUCUCUGGAUUGGUAGCAUUCAUGUCCACGUCCCAGAACGGUAUGCGCUCAUCUGGAUUGCAAUCGUGCUUGACCUCUGUAGCCAAUUCUGGAUCGUUGCGAUGUACCGUUGGGGAGGGUUUUCAGCAAGGAUGAAAGCCUGGUUUAGCGAAAAGAUUGAGUUCACGCCUGGUCUCAACAUUGAGCAUAGGAUCGAGCGCACAAACGCGUUCGUCACACUUGUUUUUGGCUACUCGGUGCUCGCACUGCUCUACCAGAACUCCGCAGAAUUCGGCAUCAACGGUUUCUUCGGCAAAGCGGUGCUCGGCCUUGUUCAGGCCUUUAGCUUCAACUGGCUGUACUUUGAGCUGGACAGCUUCAAUCUGCACACGCACGCCAUUCGCAGACACUACGUCAGUGCGAUACUCUGGCAAGCACUGCAUUUGCCCUUCAUCCUCGGGUACGUCAUUUCCAGCUCGUCGCUCGCGAAGCUAGUACUUGCGCACGACUUUGCAGACGCAGACUACGACAGCCUCGAGGGACAUUACCACGAGCGCUCCGAGGAGCACAUUUUGACAGGCCAGCGCUGGUUCUACUGUGGCGGGCUAGCGCUUGCACUCGUGAGCAUGGGCGGCAUCUCUUUAACGCACGUCUACAAGACACUGCCGGACCAGCGGCUCGUCAAGUACAAGCGUGUCUUUCUCCGGUGUCUCGUCGCGAUCGCCAUCCUGUUGCUUCCGCUGGCGGAGAGUCUGAACAGUCUGGAGCUGAUUGCGAUUACGGCAAGUCUGGUCGUGUUUGUGCUUGCGAUUGAGCUGGUGGGUAACUCGUGCGCGAGUCAAAGCUUCUUCUGUCGCGACCGAAGGGAGUGCACAUACCGGGCCAAGUGUGGGAUGAGUCGCAAGGAGAUGGCGGAUCGUGUACGGAAGGGAGAGGUCGUGGAUGUUGAGGAGGUUGCUAGAAGGGAUGGAGGCACGAGAGAGACUGUCGGACCGGGGUUCUGA